UAGCGAACUAUCUUAGGAACAAUCGAAACAAUCUGUUGAUCUGAUGAUAUUUACCAAAGGAAUAGUCAUUUUCAUCGCCAUCUUCAGAGGGACACGUUGUCGUUUAAGAAUAUUCUAAAAUAAGUUUGAAGAUGGGGAGUCUAACUUUGCUUUCAAUUAUAAUGAUGACGUUAGCUAGUGUUUCCACAAAACCAUAUUGUGGUAAGCCUCCGACACCCUGUUCAGUAACAUAUCCUUGCAACCCUGGUUUUCAGUGUAUGGGAGAUAUUUGUCGCAAAUGCCCGUGUAGGAAGCCGAGUGAAUGCGAACUGAACGGGACAAAAGUCAUCUGUACCAAUUGUAAUGACGGGUACUCUGGAGACCACUGUGAAUGUCCUCCGGCGGCCGUUAGCGAAUGCGACGAUAUUUAUUGGAUGAAUAAGGUAUGCACGAAGUAUGCAGAGAAUGGAUAUGUACAAUUGGUGGAAACUGAAUUUGUGUACGGCGGUACACCUUUCUUCGCACCUAUUAAGACUGUUCAACCGACAGGAAAUGUUACCGAGUGUUUCAAGAGUUGCGUCGAAGAUGAGUGUCCUUUUUUUCAGCACGAUGCUUCUAAUAACUGUAUUACAUUUAAAUUUGGUCGUGUGCAUUUUCCCUUCAGGUUUUUUACGAAGUGGCUGAAUGAAAUACCAAACACACAUGUUUAUGUAAGACGUUGUGACAUAUGUGAGGAGUGAGUUGGGUUUUACGGCGAAUCAACAAAACUAUUAACAAAUGUAUACAGGACUCGAGUAAAGCAAAUCUAUGUAUUCGAUAAAAUAAACUUAUUCUAAGACA